AUGCCGCCACCAGAGCUACUGCCGCGUCCGGGAGAGAGCGUCGAAAAGAUGCGCGCCAGGCUCGUAUAUCAGUCUCGUAAGCGUGGCACGCUCGAGAGCGAUCUUCUCUUGAGCACGUUCGCGAAGGAGCGGCUUCCGACCAUGAACGAGGCGGAGCUGAAGGAGUUCGACAAGUUAAUGGACGAGCCCGACUGGGACAUCUACUACUGGGCGACCGAGAACAGGACACCACCUGAGCGCUGGGCCGGUUCGUCUCUUCUGGCGAAGCUGAAAGUCCAUGCGAGGAACGAAGGCAAGGUUGUGCGGCGCAUGCCCGAUCUAUCAUGA